UGAAGGCUCUAAAGGGGUGAGGGAAUGGCCCAAAAGGAUGUGGGUGGAGGUAGCAAGAAAAGAUUUGAUGACCCAUGGUUUAGCUAAGGAUAUGGUCCUUGAUAGAGUGGAUGGCGGUACAGGAUUCAUGUGGCUGACCCCAGUUAGUUGGGAUAAGGCUAAGAUGAUGAUGAAGAUGAAGAUUAUGGUAUAUUAUUUUCAUUGAAAAAGGGAAAAGAUCAUUAUUCCUUGUAUAUAAAUUGUGGUGGAGGUCAAAUAACCAUAAACAAAAACACCACAUAUGAAGCAGAUCAAGAAUCCGGGGCUUCAACAUUUGUUUUUAGUGAUGGAAAAAGCUGGGCACUCAGCAGUACUGGAAACUUUGUUAAUGACAACAAACCAAUAGACAACUACAUAGCAGAAAAUAAAUCCACACUCUCUAUGCCCAACUCUGAGUUGUACACUAAAGCACGCCUUUCUCCCAUCUCUGUCACUUACUAUGGGCUUUGCCUUCAAAAUGGGAACUACACCGUGAAGCUCCACUUUGCAGAGAUAAUGUUCACGGAUGACAGAACAUAUAGCAGCCUCGGGAAGCGCUUAUUUGAUGUUUACAUUCAGGGAGAACUGGUAUUGAAGGAUUUCAAUAUCAAAGAUGAAGCUGGUGGUUCCGGUCAGGAAGUCGUGAAGAAUUUUACUGUUCCUGUUACUAAUACCACAUUGGAGAUCCGUUUAUGUUGGGCUGGAAAAGGGACACAGAUUGUCCCUGUGCAAGGAACCUAUGGUCCUCUCCUUUCAGCUAUUUCUGUGGACCCGGAAUUUACGCCUCCAAAAAGUGGCAAGAAGAUCUCUACUGGUGUUGUGGUUGGGAUUGUAACUUCAGUAUUAUUUGUUACUUUCUUGUUUAUUCUUUUCCUCUGGAGGAAAGGCUGCCCGGGAAGCAAAACUACCAAGGACCAAGAUCUCAGAGACUUAGAUCUGCAAACUGGUUCAUUCACCUUGCAACAGAUUAGAGCUGCCACAAACAACUUUGACUUUUCGAACAAGGUUGGCGAAGGUGGUUUCGGUUCUGUUUACAGGGGUCUGCUAUCAGACGGUACCUCAAUUGCAGUGAAACAACUUUCCUCCAAAUCAAGUCAGGGUAACCGUGAAUUCGUGAAUGAAAUAGGACUAAUAUCUGCUUUGCAACACCCGAAUCUCGUAAAGCUUUAUGGAUGUUGUAUUGAGGGAGAUCAACUAUCACUCGUUUACGAGUAUAUGGAAAAUAAUAGCCUUGCCCGUGCUCUGUUUGGCACAGAAGAACAUCAAUUGCAGCUUGAUUGGCCAACCAGGCACAAGAUUUGUGUUGGUAUAGCAAGAGGUCUGGCUUAUCUGCAUGAAGAAUCAAAGUUGAAAGUUGUUCAUAGAGACAUCAAAGCCACCAAUGUACUGCUUGAUAGGGAUCUUAACCCAAAGAUAUCCGACUUUGGUCUGGCAAGGCUUGGUGAAGAGGAGAAAACCCACAUUAGCACUCGAAUUGCUGGAACUGUGGGCUAUAUGGCACCAGAAUACGCAAUGCAUGGUUACCUGACUGAGAAAGCAGAUGUUUACAGUUUUGGGGUUGUUGCUUUGGAAAUUGUCAGUGGGAAGAGCAUCACAAAUUUCAGGCCAGAGGGGAAUCACAUUCAUCUAGUGGAUUGGGCAUACGUUCUAAAAGAGAAAGGAAGUAUACUGGAGCUCAUUGAUCCAAAGUUGGGGCCGGAAUUCAACAAGAAAGAGGCAACUGAAAUGAUCAAUGUGGCACUCCUAUGCACUAAUCAAUCUCCUGUACUUAGGCCGACCAUGUCUGCUGUGGUGUGCAUGCUCGGAGGCAAGAGUGUCAUUCAAGAUCCGCUUACAGAUCAUUUGAAAUUUAAAGCCGGUGGCAGCCAUUAUCAAGAGAUCCAAAGCCAGAGCUCGAGCCCUAUCUCAAGCCAGGCCCUGACCAUGUCAACAGAUGCACUAGGGGCUGACACUUCUACAUCUGCCGCUGAUCUCUACCCAUUCAAUUUGGAUUCCCGAUAUUGGAAUAACAGUGAGUAAUGGUACAUAUAUUUCUUUCGAUUUCCCACCCUUGUUGUAUAUGCAGCUUUUGGAGUUUAAUAUGGGCACAUCUAUUCCUGCUCUUUGCGAUGAAAUAGAGACUUUGAUUCCAAUGAAUGUAAUAGAACAUGGAUGAUUUGAAUGAUUGAAAUCCAAUUCGUAUGAUUCUGG